AUGUCUCUAUCAACGCUACCCAAUAAUUUAGUGAUGCCUUUGGUGUCGAAUGGUGUUAGUUUACAAGCACCGGAAUCGAUCUCGAUUCAAGAUUUGGAAUCGGGUAAGUUGAACCUAGAUGCCCUUAUCAUCGAGGUUCAGCAGCUCAAAACAAAGAUCUCGGAUCUACGCUACGAGAUGACUCAGUAUUUACGAAUUCUGUCUUCAGUAGAUGAAAAUACUGUACCUUUGACAGUAUACCAGGAGGCGGUAAACCAGGUGGCUACUCUCAAGGCCAGUGGCGAUGCUUAUUUCAACUCAUACAAAAGGCUACUCCCUAUAAUACGAUACUCCAAGCUUAAAAAUCGGAUUAAUCCAGAUGAUACCAUCAGGAUAACUAAGCAUGAUGUUCCUAUUGAGAGGCUUCAGGACUCGUCUCCGGGAAAGAUAAAAGGUUCCGGUUCUACGCCGAACCCCACUACAGGCCGGAAAUCUGGGGCUCGAGGUGCCCGUAGAAGAAACUCCAGAAAGCAGUAG